AAAAGUCCCAAAACCGAAAGCAGAGGCGUGCCAGAUCCGCCCAACUUGCCUCCCGCUCCCUCCCUCCAGAUCAGGUUCCUUGCUUCCUCCCGUCGCCUUCUUUCUUUUCCAUUCCGUACCUCGCCCAUUUUCAUACACCUCCUUCCCCGUCCCCCGCGCUCCUCUUACCCCUCCCCCAAUUCAGAGCUCUCCGUCGAUUCCGACGCAGCCGCCGCCGACUCCUCCUCCUCUACCUCACCGGAAGGCCGCCUGGCCGCGCGCCUGAGCCGAAUCCCUCGCCCUGCCUCCCGCGAUUCAGACGUGUUUCCUGGCUGCGUGGAAAUGGAAGGCGUUGUUGUGAGGAGAGUCAUCCCUUCAGACAACAGUUGCCUCUUCAAUGCCGUCGGUUAUGUGAUGGAGCAUAACAAAAAUAAGGCUUCUGAGCUCAGACAGGUCAUAGCAGCAGCGGUUGCAAGUGAUCCUGAAAAGUACAACGAAGCAUUUCUUGGAAAACCAAAUGAAGCGUAUUGUGCUUGGAUUAUGGACCCUGAGAAGUGGGGAGGUGCCAUAGAACUUUCAAUUCUGUCAGAAUAUUAUGGGCGUGAAAUUGCUGCAUAUGACAUCCAGACAACACGAUGUGAUCUGUAUGGUCAGGGGAAGAACUACAAUGAGAGGGCAAUGCUCAUUUAUGAUGGGUUGCAUUACGAUGCUUUAGCAAUGUCUCCAGCUGAAGGGGCACCAGAAGAAUUUGAUCAGACCAUCUACGUUGUUGACCAGAACCGUUCCAUUGGUCCAGUAGAAGGCCUUGCUCUUAACUUAGCGAAGGAGGCACAUAGGAAGAGGAGCUACACAGACACCGCAAACUUUACAUUGCGCUGCGGCGUGUGCCAAAUUGGUGUCAUUGGUCAAAAGGAAGCUGUGGAACACGCGCAAGCCACCGGCCAUGUCAAUUUCCAAGAAUACAAAUGACCAUAGAAGAUAUACUAGUUCUUCUUCCGCUGUUGUUGUGCACUCAUUUGUUGCAAUUGUUUUCUUCUUCGGCCUGAAAUGGUACUAUUGCAAAAUAUUAAUUUGUUACAGAGUAAAUUUAAUAAGCUCCAGUUUGGAUAUUGAUUUUGAUGUUCAUAUUGACUGCUAACUUGAAGCAUUGAAGAUCCAGUGAUCAAUGUAUCUAGUAAUCUGUUGUGAUCU